AUGAUUCAUUUUAAAAAUGCUUUUUCGUAUAGACACUCGUUAUGCAUGAUGCGGACUUUCCACUUUAAUAUUUAUAAAAAUGUGAAAUUUUCAAAUUACAUAACAAAAGCGCUAAAUAAAUAUAUAGUGACAAAAAAAAGUACAAACACAAGGUUUUUUUCCAUAAUAAAUAAUUCUGAUUAUAUAAAUUAUAUAAAUGAAAUAAACAAAUUCAUUGACACUUUUGAAAAAAAUAUAGACAACAAGAGUACUAAUGAAGAACACAUCAUUCCUGUAUUGGAAAAAAUUAAAAAUGAAAAAAUAUAUAAAGACAAUGAAGAUAUUAUGGAAAUUAUAAGCAGUAUAAAAUUAUUAAUAGAGAAAAGAGUAAGACCAAUAAUUCUAAAUGAUGGUGGAGAUAUUAAAUUUAUUUGUUUUGAUGUAGAUAAAGGUAUAGUUUACGUACAGUUAGAAGGAGCAUGUGUUACAUGUGCACAAAGUGAAGUAACCCUACAGUAUAUGAUAAAAAACAUGCUAACGUAUUAUAUAUCUGAAAUUAAAGAGAUAAAAAAUGUUUCAAAAGAUGGCAUAAUUCUUUAA